AUGCUCCCGUUAUAUUUGUUGACAGCGGCUAAGAACAAAGCAGUGCUAAUAGAGUUGAAAACGGGGGAGACGUAUAAUGGGAAUUUGACCAACUGUGAUUCUUGGAUGAACUUGACCUUGCAUGAUGUAGUGCAGACCAAUUCAUCGGGGGACAAAUUUGAGAAGAUUUCCGAGAUAUAUAUUAGAGGAAUGCAUAUUAAGUAUUUACGAAUUCCCGAUCAGAUAAUGGACCAAGUGAAAGAACAACAGUAUAUGCAACAACAGCAGUAUCAGCACCAGCAAGGGUAUCUGCAUGGGGACAGAAAUAGGGGCAAUUACGGAUUUAGGAAAAACGACGGAUCUGCUGGUAAAAGUGGUGGUGGAAAAGAUAAUAGGGAUAGAGAUGGUAGGCACAGAGAUGAUCGAAGAGGCGGCAGAAAUCGUCGAGGAAACUAA